AAAUGAAGACAUAAAAGGUUAAUAGAAGCAAUUCCCUACAAAAGUAUCACAACAAAAACAACACCUACAACAGCAAGGAGAGAAAUUGAACAUUGUCUAGAAAAAAUAUAAAAACAGGAAAUAAACAUAAAAAUCCAUCAGCAAGGAUUACGGCAGCCAUAUCACUGCUUGUUCCCACACUUCUGGUUCUGUAAUUGUAUGGAGGCAAUAAAACAGGAUAUUUAAUGUGCUUCUAGUCGCAACCAAAGAAAAUCUGCUGUAAAUAAGAAGCAGAAGGUGAGGAGUAGAAAAGAAAACCGAAAAAAGAAAGAGUUUAAAUCUGCUGUGGCGUUUUAGAAGUGUGUGAGAGUGUGUGGGGAGACGUAUAUCCGCAGCAAUAAUUUUUAUCAGCCCUCAAACAGAAGGCAUUUAGCCGAAAAGCCAACAAAAAAAAUCACCUUUAAAGUUAUGCUCGCCCCAUAAAGGCCAAAGUCAAAAGCAUACUAACCCAUAAACCAAAGGCUAGAAGAAAAAAAGAAAUAAAAAACAUUGGCAAUAAAAUACCUCAAGAAAAGCCAAAGAGAGAGAGAGAGAGAGAGAGAGAGGAACGAAAAACACAUAUUUUAAUACAUUUUCAAAAUCGCAACGCAUGUUUGAAUUUAUGUCAGUUAUUUAUUGCAACAACAUCGGCCAUAUCAAUCGCAAUCCAUUUGAAAGGUGUCUCCUGCAUCCGGCAAGGCAUUGAUUUAAAUUGUGAAAGAGAGAAAAAUCGAAAAAAUACUAAAGACGUCAUUCAAACUACACGGGACAUCUUCAAUAAAAAACAGCCGUCGUGGAUACCCACGGUGAUUUAAUAGAGCCAACAGCGUCCGUGCCAAAGUGUCCCAAUACCACACCGCCGUACCAGAGGCUCACCAAGGCUCUGCAAUGCGAUCCCAGAUGCGGACACGAGGUAACCGUUGGCCGGCGCAUUGGUCUCUACAGAUUUUGUGGCGAUAUAGGACGUGGCAAUUUUUCCAAAGUCAAAUUAGCUGUACACCAGCUAACACGAGACAAAGUUGCCAUCAAAGUAGUUGACCGAGCCGGCCUGGAUGCCAAAGCAUUGCGUAUGCUUUCAAGUGAAAUUGCCACACUUGAAUGUGUUCAUCAUCCUAAUAUUUUAAGGCUCUUUGAGGUAGUCGAAACGCUGGGUCGUGUCUAUCUAGUCACCGAAUGGAUACGCGGUGGUGAAUUAUACAAUCAUAUUACCCAAGGUGGUCCAUUACGUGAAAUACAUGCAGCUCCGCUGUUCAAACAAUUGUUGCUGGCUGUGAAACAUAUGCACAGUUUGGGUUUCGUUCAUCGUGACAUAAAGGCCGAAAAUGUUUUGCUCCUGUCAGAGGAUCGUCUCAAGUUGGCUGACUUUGGUUUUAGCACACAAUUACUUAAUGGCCCCAAUCAAAAACUGGAUACAUUUUGUGGUUCACCACCCUAUGCGGCGCCGGAACUAUUUUCUGAUGAUCAUUAUAUUGGAGCACCGGUAGAUGUCUGGGCAUUGGGAAUAUUAUUGUAUUUUAUGGUGGUGGGCAAUAUGCCAUUUCGGGCGCCCACAAUACCGGGACUAAAGGCAGCCAUAUUGAAGGGGGACUAUCUCUUGCCGGGUCAACUGAGUCUGCCAUGUAUAAGACUAAUACAACGUAUUUUAAUCCAUAUCCCAAUACGUCGACCCACCAUCGAUGACAUGCUGAACAGUCAAUUUAUAACCCAUCCAAAACUCAGCGCCGAACUGAUGCAACACGAAAUCAAUUUACGCACCAAAUCUGCCAAACGUUCCGGCUUUUGGGUCCGUUCGAAAUCGCGGCGCAUGCGCAAACAAUAUUCGCUGCGCGAACGCUACAUGGAGUUAACAAAUAAACCGCCAAUAAAUAUGAACACCAAACGCACAGACGGCUUCUUUGUCGAUAACUUCCUUCAACCCAUAGAAUUGGCCAAAGAUCUGCCGCUAGAACCCAUCAAGGAGCAGUCGCGCAGCAAUACCCCGAAACGCUCGUUUUUGUGUGGCACUCUAAAGAAAAAAGUCGGUCCAAUGGAAACGGAAAAUGAACGACAGCUCAAUAAUGGCACGCUGGGUCAACAGAAGAUGCAGUGGAAUAAUAUUUUGGCGGCAGUGCCCCCGGAGUGUCCCCUCUUCAAGAAUUACGAUAAUGAGACGGGGCCAUGUAUAAUGUUUCCCACUGAUACUGAGGAUAUGGCUAAGUUGCCACCGCUGGAACAGGAGGCACGUCAGAUACUCGAAGAGCUGGGCAUUACAACGGAAAUGCUGAUGCAAGCCUCCCAGAAUGGUCCACGAAGUGAUAUCAUUGGUGCCUAUCGCAUUGUCAUCAAUCGUUUGCAGAAACAAUCGUGGCUGGCCCGCAAACAUGUGGAAAUGGCCCUGCAGGAAAUGCCAAAGACGGAAAAGAAAAUUGAGCGCUCCUGUUGCAUACUGUAAGGCUGAAGGGGGUUUUUCCGAGGGGCCUCAGGUAUGUUACAAAAAAUGGCACUUUCGUCAUUGAGCCUAAGAAACGAGUCAAAUAUUUUCCAAAAUCCAAAAACGGAAACAAAUCCAAACAUGGUAAAAAUUUCAAAAUAGAAUACCCUAAGAAUUUAACAGAGAACGUGAUGUGUACUGACAGUAUAUUACAUAAAUAGUCCGUUGGUA